GCGCCUGCGUACUGGCGGCUCAGGCAGGCGGGCGGAACUCCCGCGCUAUCCAGCCACCUGGUCUCGCCUCGCCUGGUCUCUGCCCUCGGCAUGGAGGGGGUCCCGGCGGUAACGACAGGCAACGCCGGCGCUACCAAGGCCGAGGGAGCCGCAGCCAUGCCGCCGCCGCCCCCCGUCUCCCCGCCUGCCCUCACCCCCGCGCCCUCAGCGGGUGAGGAGGGCCCGCCGCCUUUGCCCGAGGCGGGGGCUCCCGGCUGCUCCGGCUCCCGGCCCCCUGAGCUGGAGCCCGAGCGCAGCCUGGGCCGUUUGAGGAGCCGCUUCGAGGACGAGGACGAGGAGUUGGAAGAGGAUGAAGACCUGGAUGAGGAAGAAGAGGAGGAGGAGGAGGAAGAGAUGAGCCACUUCUCGCUGAGGUUGGAGGGGGGCCGGCCGGACUCCGAGGACGAGGAGGAGCGCCUGAUUAACCUUUCUGAGCUGACCCCAUACAUCUUGUGUUCCAUUUGCAAAGGUUACUUAAUAGAUGCAACUACCAUUACAGAAUGUCUUCAUACAUUUUGUAAAAGCUGCAUUGUAAGACACUUUUACUAUAGCAACAGAUGUCCAAAAUGCAACAUAGUGGUCCAUCAGACACAACCUCUUUACAACAUAAGGUUGGACCGACAGUUACAAGACAUAGUGUACAAAUUAGUGAUCAAUCUAGAGGAAAGAGAAAAAAAGCAAAUGCAUGAUUUCUAUAAAGAAAGAGGUCUAGAAGUACCUAAACCUGCUGUUCCACAGCCAGUCCCUUUGAGCAAAGGAAGAUCUAAGAAAGUCUUAGAAUCAGUGUUUCGUAUUCCACCUGAACUUGACAUGUCUUUAUUACUAGAGUUCAUUGGUGCUAAUGAAGGAACAGGACAUAUUAAGCCAUUGGAAAAGAAAUUUGUCCGAGUUUCAGGAGAAGCAACUAUUGGACAUGUAGAAAAAUUUCUCAGAAGGAAAAUGGGUCUUGAUCCAGCCUGUCAGGUAGAUAUUAUCUGUGGUGAUCACUUGCUGGAGCGGUAUCAAACGCUAAGGGAAAUUCGACGUGCAAUAGGUGAUGCAGCAAUGCAGGAUGGUCUGCUCGUCCUUCAUUAUGGUCUUGUGGUUUCUCCUUUGAAAAUUACUUGAAGAUACUAGGGCUAUUAUGAGGAGGGAAACAAAAUAAGGAGGCCUCUGCAGGUUUGCAUUUCACCAAAGAUAUCCACGAAACGUGUCAUUGCUAUCCCUUUGUGCUGUUCAAGACAUAACAUCUAUUUUCAGCACCAAGAAUCAUAGCAUUUAUAAGUAGAACUUGGAUUGAUAGAAUGCAUUUGUUUUACUAGAGACUAUAUUUAAAAAACAUCCAUAGCUCAGGGGGAAAUUUUAAAGCAUUGAAUUUUUAAAUUCCUUAUGAUUUCAAAUUUUUUGACAUUGAUUUUGUUUCCUAAUCUUUGAGGUAAACCGAUGACUGGUUUUGUCUUCAUUGAGCCAUAUAUCCCUUUCAAGUUGGUGGUUAAGGUUCUGCUCUCUGGAAUGGCAUCAUUUGGGCAGUCUCCUUUUGGAAAAGAAGUGUGCUUUUGAACUGAAAAUUUAAAACCAGAGUUUGUUAAAUUACAGAAUGUACCUCUCAGACAAAAGACCAAAACUGUGGGCCACUUUUGUAUGUUACCAUCAUAUUUUGAAUUUGUAUCUUUUUUUUUUAAGCAACAACACUACUAAAAAUAUAUUAUUCACUUCUAAAAGGGAUGAAUUAUAAUUUUUCUGUGUGAAGAGACUGUCUGCUGUACGGUUUAUGGCCCGUGCCGUAAGCCUUCAGUGUAAGGAAGACUCCUUUAACAUAUCUUACAGCAAGGGGUACCUCUUUGCAACAAUAUUUUUAUUUUUUGAAUGUUAAUUUGAUUAACAUUCAUUUUGAGUACAUAGUGUGAUUGUCAAUACCUUGUAAUGGCACUGCUUUUGAAAGUAAUUUAAACAUUUGAGUGAAUUUGAGAAGUUUACAGAGUACUUGUUCUUUGUUUCCUCAGUAAGUCAGUUAGUGUUCAUUUCCCCAUUACUUUGUCACUGGGAUAAAGAAUACGGGUGUUUGGGAGCUCACUCACUUGCAUGAAAAGAUUUCAGUCUUAAAUGUUAUUUUGCCUAAAAUUAGCAUUGUAAUGCUUUCUAAAAGAAUUAUUUUGUAGACUGUAUUUCACUGCAAAAUUUCCAAAUCUGCCUAAAAACAAUUACAAUUAGAGAAAGAUUGGUGAUUGUUUUAUAAAGAAUUUGUGAAUUGUGUAUAA